UCCGCUGGCAACUUCCGCGGGUAACAGGCUCUGUGCCCGAGGCCGCGCGGGGUUCCCGGGGCGUCCAGGCCCGGCAGGCUCAGACCUGACCACUGGGCGGAGGACGGUGCGGCCUGGGAGCUGGGAACCGGGCUGGGCCUGUGAAGCGCCGCCGACGCCCGGAGAACUGCCGGAGGCGGGCGCGAGGCGGAACCCCCUGCUGGAGGAAGCGCCGCCGUACCGACGCCGACCCUUCCCGCGGGCGCCGCGCCAGAGGGAGGGAUGGCCGCUGGUGUCCGCCCGGCGGGGCCCCGCGGAUCCACAGCUCUUCCCCAGGACGCGUGGAGGCCCUCAGUCCCGGCUCCAAGGAGCAGGUUCAAGGAGGGGAUACAGGGAAAGUCCAGGAGCCUGGUCCUGCUCGGACUUCCGGUUUCCCAACCUGGCGUGAACUCCCAGUUGGAAGAAAGGGAUAGCCUGUGGGUGCUGGAGCAAAAAGACCUAAGAGGUCCCUGUCCAGACUGCAAGUCCGCAUCUGCCGAACCACCGCGUGAGCAAGACGUUGAGCAAGAUGUUUCGGAGGGCUCGCUCCAAGACGCAGGGGCGGGGCUGCACCCCGGGGAGCGGGGCCACAGGGGCAGGGAACUGGCGGGGAGCCUCAGCCUGAGACCGGUCCUCUCUGCUCAACAGCGGACGCCUGCACAGGUGAGACGCCAGACAUGGGAAUUGCCCACGAAGAGCCUCAGGAGGACCUCGGACGGAGAGACGCCUCACCGGGCGAGGCCGUACACGUGUGGCGAGUGCGGCAAAGCCUUCAGCUACUGCUCCUCCCUGUCCCAGCACCAGAAGAGCCACACUGGGGAGAGGCCCUACGAGUGCAGCGAGUGCGGCAAGGCCUUCAGCCAGAGCUCGUCUCUCAUUCAGCACCAGCGGGUUCACACUGGCGAGAAGCCUUAUAAAUGCAGCGACUGCGGGCGAGCCUUCAGCCAGAACGCCAACCUCACCAAACACCAGCGCACCCACACCGGAGAGAAACCCUACCGGUGCAGCGAGUGCGGCAAGGCCUUCAGCCAGAGCUCGUCUCUCAUUCAGCACCAGCGGGUUCACACUGGCGAGAAGCCUUAUAAAUGCAGCGACUGCGGGCGAGCCUUCAGCCAGAACGCCAACCUCACCAAACACCAGCGCACCCACACCGGAGAGAAACCCUACCGGUGCAGCGAGUGCGGCAAGGCCUUCAGCGACUGCUCGGCCCUCGUCCAGCACCAGCGGAUUCACACCGGCGAGAAGCCCUACGAGUGCGGCGACUGCGGCAAGGCCUUCCGCCACAGCGCCAACCUCACCAACCACCAGAGGACCCACACCGGGGAGAAGCCCUACCGGUGCGGCGACUGCGGCAAGGCCUUCAGCCAGAGCGCCAACCUCACCAACCACCAGAGGACCCACACCGGGGAGAAGCCCUACCGGUGCGGCGAGUGCGGCAAGGCCUUCAGCCAGAGCACAAACCUCCUCAUUCACCAGAAGACCCACACCGGGGAGAAGCCUUACAGAUGUAACGAGUGCGGGAAGCUCUUCGGCGAGAGCUCAGCCCUCAUCCGGCAUCACAUAAUCCACACGGGCGAGAAGCCCUACGAGUGUCGCGCGUGCGGGAAGGCCUUUAGCCAGAACUCGUCCCUUAGUCAGCACCAGAGAAUCCACACGGGCGAGAGGCCCUACCAGUGCCCCGCGUGCGGGAAGGCCUUCAGGUGUAGCUCGGCCUUCGUCAGGCAUCAGAGACUCCAUGCUGGAGAGUGACUGGGACGAACUGCAGUGGAUCGGGCCAGGUAAGUGCGGACAGAUUGAAAGCAUCUGGAGGUGCUUUUUAUAGUCUGGAUCCCAGAGCCACACGCGAAAGCACCUUA